UUGGAGUAAACUUGGAAAAUUAGAUGCUAGAGAUGGAACUGCAGAGUUGGUAUUUAAAUAUGCUGCCAAGAAGAUGCUUGGCUAUGACGAAAGCAGGGAUCGGCAAAAAUUGAGAGACAGUUAUAAGGCAUUCAUGGAUGGCUUGAUCUCAUUUCCCCUCAACAUCCCGGGAACACCGUUCCAUGCUUGCUUACAAGGACGUAAGAAAGCAAUGAAGGUCAUCCACGACAUCUUUGAGAAGAAGCGCUCAGGCAAUAAUGGCGCUACGAAUGACUAUGACUUUGCGGACCAUUUACUCGAGGAAAUAAAGAAAGAAGACACUUUUUUGAAUGAAGAAAUUGCGAGGGACUUGGUAUUUUUGUUUUUAUUUGCUGCCCAUGAAACGACUUCAACAUCUUUGACUGUGGCCUUGAGGUAUCUAAAUACCCAUCCACGAGUUAUGGCUGAACUAAAGAGAGAGCACGAAAAUAUUCUUGAAAAGCGAGAAGCAAAAGAUUCCGGUGUUUCAUGGAAAGAGUACAAAUCUAUGACUUUCACACAUAUGGUUAUCAAUGAAACGGUUAGACUUGCAAAUAUUGCCCCUGGGAUUUUGCGCAAAGUUGUCAAGGAAGUUGAUGUAAAAGGGUAUACAAUUCCUGCUGGCUGGACGAUAAUGGUUUGUGCACCAGCUGUUCAUUUGGAUCCUAAUCUAUAUGAAAACCCCCUUGAAUUUAACCCAUGGCGAUGGGAGGGCAAAGAAUUACACGUGGGAUCAAAAAGUUUCAUGGCAUUUGCUGGUGGUACGAGGCUUUGUGUUGGUGCUGACUAUGCAAAGGUGCAGAUGUCACUUUUUCUGCAUUACUUGGUCACACAAUACACCUGGAGAGUUCUUCCUGGAGCUGAGAGAAUCCGGACACCUACUGGUAUCCAAUUCCCCAAGGGAUUGCCUAUUGAGAUUUCCAAGAACAAAUAGAUUUUCAGCAGGGCAGUUCUCCAGUGAAUUUACCUUUCAGAAGCGUAUUUGUGAUGUAGUAAUUUACUGUUGGUUGCAAAAUUAAUUAGUUUGCUUACUACUUUGGCUUGUAGUACAUUGUAAUAUUGUAAGUGCCUA